ACACGUCAGCUACAGUGCGCCCUCUGCUCGUGCCCUCGUAUUUGUAUAUAUGAUGUGGACGGAAGAUUGGCUUAUAUAAAAAUUGUAUUAGGUUAAUCGUACAACACGUAACGUAUUAAAAUAAUUCGUCAAAAUGGUACUUAUUGCUGCGGCGGUCUGCACUAAAGCAGGCAAAACUAUUAUUUCUCGUCAGUUUGUUGAAAUGACGAAAGCCAGAAUAGAAGGUUUACUUGCUGCAUUUCCAAAGUUAAUGAGUUCUGGAAAACAGCAUACAUUUGUAGAAACAGAAUCUGUGAGAUAUGUUUAUCAACCUUUGGAAAAAGUAUACAUGCUAUUGAUUACAACAAAAGCUAGUAAUAUAUUAGAAGAUUUAGAAACAUUAAGACUCUUUGCAAGAGUUAUUCCAGAAUAUUGUAAUUCAAUAGAUGAACUUGAAAUAGCUGAAAAUGCAUUCAAUUUGAUAUUUGCAUUUGAUGAAAUAGUUGCACUGGGAUAUAGGGAAAGUGUCAACUUAGCACAAAUUAGAACAUUUGUGGAAAUGGACUCACACGAAGAAAAAGUUUAUCAAGCAGUGAGAAUGACUCAAGAAAGAGAAGCUAGGAAUAAAAUGCGCGAGAAGGCGAAGGAAUUACAAAGGCAACGAAUGGAAGCAAAUAAAAAGAGUAGUCUCAAAAGUCCUGGAUUUGGUAAUGCUUUUGGAAGUGGUAGUAACUUUACAGUAAUUCUCAAUGUAGGAGAUACUGCAAAUUUUAUACCAGAACCAGUUAGACCAUCGUACACACCAACGCAGAAACCGGUUAAUACUGGACCAGGCGCAAUGAAAUUAGGAGGGAAAUCUCGUGAUGUUGAUUCUUUUGUUGAUCAAUUGAAAGAAGAAGGAGAAAAUGUUGUAACAACACCUUUACCCGCAUCGGGUGCAAAACCUACAUCAAUUGCACCACAGGCAAUCAAUACAGAAUCAGUUCACCUGCGACAGGAAGAACGACUUAACGUACGAAUUGGUCGGGAUGGUGGUUUGCAACACUUUGAAUUACAUGGUUUGGUGACAUUACAUAUCUCGGAUGAAAAAUGGGGCCGAAUUCGUGUACAAUUGGAAAAUAAAGAUUCGAGAGGGAUCCAGUUACAAACACAUCCUAAUGUAGACAAGGACUUAUUUAGAUCUCGCGGUCAAAUAGGUUUAAAAAUUCCUACAAAACCAUUCCCACUAAAUACUGAUGUUGGUGUACUAAAGUGGCGUUUACAAGCUCAAGACGAAACAGCAUUACCUAUAUCAAUAAAUUGUUGGCCUUCCGAAAAUGGAGAAGGUGGAUGCGAUGUCAACAUAGAGUACGAGUUAGAACAGCUUAAUCUUGAGCUAAAUGACAUUCAAAUAAACAUUCCGUUGCCCAUGGGUUGUACUCCCAUUGUAAGUGAAUUUGACGGGCAAUAUACACACGAAGCACGACGAAAUAUGCUUGUAUGGUCCCUACCAAUAGUUGAUGAGACAACAAACUCAGGUUCAAUGGAGUUCUCAGCACCUUCUUCUACACCUGCCGAUUUCUUUCCUCUUCGCGUCUCAUUUUCAUCAAAGACAUCAUAUGUCGAUAUUAAGGUAACCGAAGUUUUACUCGUAGAAGAUGAAAGUCCUGUUAAGUAUUCCGUAGAAACAGUUUUCUUUACUGAUAAUUACGAAGUGGUAUAGGUACCCAAAAAAUGAUCAGUUAACCACUUGUGCUAAUGUGUCCAAGGAUACUAACUUAGGCGUUGUCUAUUGGAACAAAAGUGAUAAAUAUUUUCAGCUUAAUAAUUUCAUUUCACAUGACCACUAUUUUUAUCAAAAGUUGUAUUCAUUAAUGCAUUAGAAGUGGUACGCUAAUACGUGUCCUAUGAAUAAUUUGUUCUAUUUAGUACAUGCCUAAUGUCAAACUAUUAAAGAAAACUGUACAAAGGUGUUUUAUAAUUGGUUAAGAAAUAACAUUAAAAAUUAUUUUCACAUUUUACGAGUUACACAUAUUAUAUACAAAUAAAUUAAAUUAUAUUAAUUUCAUUACACAUUUUCGAAAUUAGUUCCUUACAAAUUUUGUACCGUUAUAGAACCAGUAUAAUAGAAAAUGAGAUAUUACUGUAUGGAGAAGCAUAGCGAUAUUUUUUUGUAUGUUACGUACAUAUGUAUAACCAUAAAGCCAUAAUAAUUGCAGAAAAUGAUAUAUAAUCAU